GUCACAUAAUAGAGCUUCUUGGUCAUCAAGAACCGACUUGUUGCACAUGUUACAUAUUUCUGCUGUAGUUUUCGGUAUUUUGGCAACGUUGUGCCGAUCCUCACGCUGAAAUUUUCAGUCGUCAGACGAUUCGACUUAUUUAAAUCCACUGGUCUUGCUUAUCUUUUUGCACACUUGUUCAGACUACUCUAAGACAACACUAGAACUCACUUUUUACAUUUAAUUUCUCAAUUUUCCAAUAGAAAUAACAACUUGAUCAAGCAAGAACAACAGUAAACAAUUCGCACCGUUGUCAGCACUACAACUUGUUAAUCAUCUAUCAAAGGACGGCACAACAAGAAGAUUCAUCGUACCUAAGUGAACCUACCUAAUCACGAUAUUCGAUUUCGCCUUUUGAAACGGUUUGACCCAUCCGUUUUCUUCGAAAGCGUAGGAAGCAUAGAGUCGACCUACGUGACGCCAUUUUUGCUUCAUUGCAGAAACACGACAUCAGAAAAAACCUCGUCCAGGAGCCGGAAGGGUGCGUGAGCGUGUACAACGCGAUAGAAAUCGACGAUCCGGUGGUGAACAACUGUAUAGUGGACAGCGUUUCCCCGGAAAACAUUCUGUUGAUUCCGACCGACGACAGAGCCCAGGAAUUGCUUUCUAACAGACAGUCCGUGCCGCACAAUUGCAAACAGGGCGUCACGAUCAAGGGUGACCGAUAUUAUCCGGAUCCGAAUUAUAGGACGUACGCGUCCAAUUACAGGAGGGCGCAGUAUUUGCAAGUUGACACCAAGGAAUAUAUGCGACGAUUGCAAGCGGAUAUAGGAAGCUUGCAAUCAAAGAAACAAGGUAUUAUAAGAUCGGCCGAAUCUCUCGAGGGAGAGAUCAAAGAACAGGAAGAUAGGAGGAGCAAGUUGGAAGAAAGAAUAAGUAAGGUCAGAAUGGCUAGGACUCAGCUGAGUAGCAAACUAGACGAACUAAGUUCCGCAGCCGAACCUGAAGUACAAAAUGUGCAUUACCUGGAGCAAGAGUUAGAUGAGUUGAAGACGUACGAAACGGAGAAAACGGCGGAAUUGGAUCAGCUGAAUGCUGAAUCUAAACGAAUCAAAACAUCAAUAAUGGCUGAAGAAGAAAAAUUAAAACAGUUAGGUCGAUCAACAGAAGAGUAUGACAAUAGGAUACAAUCAUUACAGAAUGAAGUUAAGGAAAGCCGUUCGCAGUUGCAAAGAAUAUCCAGCAGUGAUGAAUUUGACAAAAGGCGGAUAGCGGAAUAUAAAGAGAAGUUGAAAACCGCCAAGGAACAAGAAUCGUUGUGUAUGGAUACGUUGAAAAAAUUGGAGGAAGGUGCCAUUAAAGUCGGUGAUAGGAUAUCAGAUUUAAGGCAAGUCGAAAGGAUCACGAAUGAAAUAAAUCGGACAAAGCAUCGAAUAGAGAGCAUUGAAACGGAUACGGGCAAUAUAAAUGCCGUCAAAAAGAGAUAUAAGGAAUUGGAGGAGAAGCAAAGAAAUUGCACUGAAUUGAUCAGCUGCUUGCAAACUGACAUAAAAGAAUUGAAGACGGCAUUAGAACAGAGAAAGUCUUACUAUCAAAAGACAGAAAAAUAUUUUAUUACGACAAUAAAAUGUUAUUUCGCAAAGAUACUAGAAUCGAGGCAGUUCAAGGGAUAUAUGGACAUAAAAAUGAAAGAAGAAACGUUGGAGUUGGUAGUUCAACCGCAACAUGGCUCGCAGGGAGUCACCACCACAGCAAAUCUGUCUGGUGGCGAGAGGUCUUUUUCAACUGUUGCAUUCCUCUAUUCUCUGUGGCAGUGCAUGGAAUUUCCAUUUUACUUUCUUGACGAAUUUGACGUGUAUAUGGACAAAUUGAAUCGAACCAAGGUGAUAGACAUCCUGGUCAAUCAUGCGAAAUCCAGGCCACAACUACAAUUUGUAUUUUUAACUCCGCAAGAUGUGUCGUUUAUCAGCAAGGAUGUAUCCAUUCUAAGGCUUGCCGACCCAGAGAGAAUCCAAGCAGAAUGAACAUAUUUCCAAUUACUGCGUAUGUUUCAGACUUCGCAGUGUGAUAGUUUACGCCCUUUUCUAUGUGUAUUUUAUAAGUACCUUAUUUUUUUAUUUGUAAGGACUCCAAAGAAUAUAUUUGUUACAUCCAUAUGAAUUAUAAAAAAUAGUUUUAUAAAUGUUCGCAUACUUAUCCUUUAAGCAAAUUGCUCAGGAAACGUUUGCUGUUAAAAAUUGUACCAGUGUUUCGUUCAUUAAAUUAUUUUGUAUUA